AUAUUCUCAGCACAAUUGCACUGAAUACUUCCUAGACAUAACACACACGUUGCAGCUCAAAAUGAAGCAGUCACUCCUCUUUCUUUCAUUUCUUCUCUUGAACUCUUUCCUUUCUUUUGCUGCUGAAAAGCCUAACCCAGUGCUCGACCAUGACGGGGACGAAAUCCGCGCUGGUGUCGAGUACUACAUCGUGUCCUCCAUAAGGGGUGCUGGCGGUGGCGGCGUAACUUAUGGCAGGAGCAUCAGCAAUGAAAGUUGCCCUCUGCCUGUUGUUCAGGAGAAACUUGAUCUCUUACGAGGCCAUCCAGUAACUUUUACACCGGUGAACUCAAAAGAAGGCGUGGUUCGUGUUUCCACUGAUUUAAACAUCAAGUUCUCUGAAGCAACACCUGUUUGCAAUGAAUCAAAUGUGUGGAAGCUUGAUUUUGACGAAGAACUUGGACAACACUUUAUACUGACGAAUGGAGUUGAAGGGAACCCCGGAUGCGGAACCAUACACAAUUGGUUUAAGAUUGAAGAGGCAUUUGAUAAAACUUAUAGGCUUGUUUUCUGUCCCACGGUUUGCAACAUCUGUAAUGUGAUUUGCAAAGAUGUUGGCGUCUUUUCUGAUCGGCGACUGGCUUUGGGUGGCACUAGGCCUUUCACGGUUUUUAUCCUAAAGGCUCGAAGCAUGAAAAAUGCAGAUAUUCUUAAGUCCAUUUCCUCUGCUUUCCGUUUUAAGUAAGCGCUAUAAGGAAGCCAUGUAUCGUUUGUUCUCGAUUGAAUAAUGUACGACUCUGUAUGAGUUUCAACUCAUAACAUUAAAAUGGUAAAUAAAUGAGUUGCUACUUUAUUCAGCAUUAAUA